AUGACUUUUAAGAAAAUCGGUGUUUGUCCGGAAAUUAUCGAUCUUCUGCAUGAUAAGGGAAUUCUUAUUCCUUCGGAAGUCCAGACUGCAUGCAUUCCGGAAAUUCUAGCUGGCCGCGAUGUUGUCGCUUGUGCACAAACAGGUUCUGGAAAGACCGCUGCUUUCGUUAUCCCUAUUUUACAGUCACUCAUGAGCGAGCCCAGACCUUUUUACGCCCUUAUUAUUACUCCAACUAGAGAGCUUGCCCAUCAAAUAGGUGAACAAACUGCAGGUCUAAACUUGGUUCAAGGUAGCUCAAUUUGUACCGUACAGAUAAUCACUGGAGGACGAAGCAUAGUCAAACAAGGUAUUGAUUUGGCACUUGGUCCCCAUGUAAUCGUUGCCACUCCUGGUCGUUUGGCCGAUCUUCUCCGAAUGCAGAAAGCAUCUGCAGAGUCCGGUUCAACUCCCGAGUGGAGUCUUUCACGUCUCAAGGUCCUCGUUUUGGAUGAAGCCGAUCGUUUACUUGAGGAUUCUUUCGGACAAGAUCUGGCAGAAAUUAUGUCCGCUCUUCCCCGUCAAAGACAAACACUCCUAUUCAGUGCUACAUUUAGUGACACAGUUAAAAGGGGUAUGGAAGCAGCUAAAGCCUCUGCAAUUGCAGAGAACCGUAAACCUCCUGUAAUGUGGCAAUCGAAAGGAAUAUCCCAGUCAUCAGAACAAAAGUCCGCCAAGUCUGCAACUGUUGACACUCUUUCCCAAUACUAUCUCAUUACAAAACCAGAGCUAAAGGAUUCCUUUUUGGUUUAUAUUGUCAAUCAAUUUCUUAAUGAAAAUCCGCACUCUUUAAUCAUUAUUUUCUCAAAUAAGUGUAAAUGGUGUCACCUACUUGGUAUGAUUAUGCAGUCCGUUGGCAUUCAGUCGGUUGUCUUACAUUCAUCCAUGUCUCAGAAUGAUCGAAUUAGCUCGUUGAAUGCGUUUAAGUCGAGUCAUGUUCGAGUGAUGAUUGCGACGGACUUGGCUAGUCGUGGAUUGGAUUUCCCCACUGUUGAUGCUGUUAUUAACCACAAUGUUCCAAUUCGUCCCAGAGAUUAUGUUCAUCGUGUUGGCAGAACUGCUCGUGCUGGCAAGGCUGGAAUGGCUCUCACCUUGGCGGACCUGUUUGAGAUUAACAGACUCAGAGAGGUACAGAAGUAUAUUGGUAAGGACCUGCAAAGGUUUGAAGUGAAUGAGGGUCAAGUUUCGGAAAUCAUUACUGAAGUCACUAUCGCAAGAAGAGCUGCAGAACGCAAACUUGAUGAAAUUCGCUUCGAUGAGAAACGAGAGAUAAUCAAGGCCAAGAAUCUCCUCAAAGCACAAAGUGCUAAACGAGAAUUACAAGAAGCUCAAAGUAAUGCUUCGAAGAAAAAAAAGGCAAAAGUUCAAAUCUCAGAUGAUGAAAAAUCAACUAAUUAA